AUGGACUUGACGGGCGUAACUGUCGAAUCGUCCCGCUCGGCGGAGACAAGCCCUCCCUCCUCUGCUCCUCCGGAAGUCAACAAGCCGAACUCACAAUCACCACGCCCUUCAGCUUUGCCACCAUACUUCAGCUCGUAUGAGGUCUACAUCGAACAUUGCGUAGCUAAAGUCGGACGAGAAGAGAUAGCCGAAACGGCAUUUGACCGCCUGUGCGCGAGCUGUACGGCGGCGUUCAAGAAGAUCCACGAAUCACCUGUUGACGAUAUGGGUCUGAUAAAAGCUCCCUUUUGCAGCGUCAGCGAAUUUCUCAGAUCAGCUGCUGAAGCAAACUGCCAUGUUUGUCAUUGGCUCAUGGCUGAUAUUCUGAGAAGACGUGAAAGUACGCCAACUUCAUUCGAUGCUCAGAGCCUAGAAUCAGGUGUCGACUGGCUGGAACGGGGAGAUGCAGCAUUGACACUCGAGAAAUGGUUCAGAUCCCUGUGCAUCAAUGUUGUGAAAGAUGAUGGCACACAAGGGAACCUUACUUGGGUUGAGAUCGAGGACGAAGAUGAGGACUAUAGUAGAGUCCGUGGUCUCCCUACUGCGCUCACCACAACAGGCGAUGCAAGCUGGAUUCAAGCGCUCAAAUGGAUCGAAAAUUGUCGCUCGCACCCCCUCUGUGGUCCGGUCCAGAUCGCAAAUGCUCAGGAUAAAUGGCCUGCCCGGCUGGUCGCUGUGGGAAGCGUCGGAGAUCCACAAGUCAGGAUAUGCGAAACGAGUCGACUAGGUUUUGUGGAAAAAUCCUACAUGACUCUCAGUCACUGCUGGGGAAAGAACGGAGUUCCCACUCGGCUAAUGGAAGAGAACUAUGCUAGGACAAAUCCCUUCGGCCCUAUUACGUUUGGGGGAAGCAUCAAGCUCCGGAGUCCAGUGCUACGAGCUAAUAUCACUGCUUUCUCUGACAAAUCCGAUGAGUACUUCCUGAAAUCCGGGGACGACUGCAACUUGGAUGCACUUGAACUCAAAUAUAUUCGCCUAAACUUUCGAAGGGCUGGGUACUUUUACAUCGACAGCUUUGGAUGGAAUAAAGAGAGCUUAUUCAAAGACAUUGAAUCAUGGUUUGCUGAAAAGGUCGGGGAUAGCCUAGAAAAGCGAAUGGAUUACUUGGAGAAAGACCCAUAUGUUAACGGCCCUCCGUUGAAUACUGAUCUGGAGAAUCGUUAUCUCGCAGAGUCCGGUAGGGACCUUCUCCCUGAAAUUUCGAGAUUUCUCAAGGCUAUUGCCCGGGUUGCCAAGCACAACAAGGCAAACGGGACUCCCGAUCCUGUGCUUGGAUUUGGCGAAGGGAAUGGGUAUUAUACAUACGAAAUUGUGUGAAGGCUGAAAGCUUGAGGCGUUGUUAGUGUGUUUUCUUUUUUCCGUGUUUCGUCUCCUUCUCAUUGAUUCAGUGGUGGAGCGGGUGAGAUCAUGAAUUUGUAUGGAAGCUUGAGUUUAUGCUUUCUUGAGUUCUUGAUUCAUCUCCUAUCCAAGUUUUAUUUCCCGAAUCAUAGCUGCAACGUACUAUCCAAUUCCGAGUUUACUAC